CCGAACAAAGUCAACAAACGCAGUUGAGACGAAGUUCCUGAAACGCACGUAGUGGAAGGUGGAAAAUAAUAACACACAAAUCUCACUUAUUACCUCUCCUCUCACGUUUGUAGGACGCUUCAUACAUCUACUACCAAAUCAAGUAGAUAGGUUUGGUCUUUAUUAUUGCUUUUAUUAUACGAAAUUCCUCCAGACGCCCAUGCAACUUAUAGAUACAAUGGCGCAAAGAGAGAAGGUUCACAGCUUGCGAUUCAACCAAGACCACGGGUGCUUCAUAUGCUGUAUGGACAAUGGUGUUCGAAUAUACAAUGUGGAGCCACUUGCAGAAGAAUUACAUUUGAAAGAAAGCUUGGCUGGAAGUGUUGCACAUGGAGAAAUGUUGCAUAGAACAAAUUUACUGGCAAUAGUAGGAGGAGGAGCUGUUCCUAAGUAUGCUGACAAUACAGUGCUAAUCUAUGAUGACAGAACAUCAAGAUUCGUCCUUGAGUUUACCUUCUCUGCUCCAGUUUUGUCUGUUAGACUGCGUAAAGAUAGGCUAGUUGUUGUGUGCUGCCGACAGAUUCAUGUCUUUUCAUUCCCGCAUUCCCCACGGAGACUUUUCACCUGCGAGACUCGUGACAAUCCCCUAGGUCUUUGUGAAGUGUCUCCUCUACCUUCUGCUGACAGACACAUCCUCUGCUUCCCAGCCCAUAAAGUUGGAGCUGUCCAAUUAGUGGACCUUCUUACAACAGAGUCAACCGUGUCCCAAGCACCUCUCACAGUACAGGCACACAAGAGUGAGUUAGCAUGCCUCAGUGUGAACAGAGAAGGGACCCUGCUUGCUACGGCAUCACACAAGGGUACUCUUAUUAGGGUGUGGGACACUGCCAGGCGCGUUUUGCUGGCAGAAUUACGGAGGGGUUCAGACCCUGCAACAUUAUAUUGCAUUAACUUUAGUGGUGAUAGCGAGUUUUUGUGCUGCUCCAGUGACAAGGGAACAAUCCACAUAUUUGCCCUCAAGGACACAAAACUAAACCGCCGUUCAACAUUUUCACGAAUGGGGUUCCUUGGCGGGUAUAUGGAAUCCCAGUGGGCCCUUGCCAAUUUCACCGUCCCUCCUGAGUGUGCCUGUGUCUGCGCCUUUGGGACUAGUUCCACUGUUUAUGCAAUAUGUGUGGACGGAACAUUCCACAAAUACGUUUUCAAGGCAGAUGGAUGCUGUAAUCGAGAGUCAUUUGAUGUCUACUUAGACCUUGUGGCAGAUGACGAGUUUUAAAACGUAGGGAGGACAGGGAUUUAAAUAUCUUUUUUCCAUAUAUCAGAUGUAUUUAAGACUUGGUUUGCAUUUUGCUCUCACUUACACAAAAAUUCUAUGGUACUUUGUGGUUUUCGUGAUCAUAAUAACUUUAUGUUCAUGUGAUGCAGAAUGUCUGUUUGGAUGUACUGUGUUGUAAAUUGUAAUAGAUCUUUUUUAUAUGAUUAUUAUUGAUAUUAGAUAUGUUUGAUGUAAUUUGGGCAUUAUUUACUUCCACAUUUUUUUUUCUCUCUCUCUUUCAAUAAAAAAGUUUAUAA